AUGAUCAUGGAAAGACAACAUUAUAAACCUAGCAAGUCAGCAAACCCAGAGGAGUCAGCUUCUGAUGGGAAAGAAGGUGGUCCCUCAAAUGAUGUUAAUACAGUCAGAGCAACUAGCGAUGCUUUCCGAGUUGACACAGGGCUUAUUCCACAAGGUGCUUUAGACGAACAGGGGUCUUCAGAACUUCAAGAACUUGGGUUAACAGUCUUUAACCAAGAUGUGUUUGAACAAGGCAUCAUUGAUCAAGUUGAUCAUGCCCUGGCCAAAGAGGAAGAAAUUAGACUCAAGAAUGUUUUGAUGAGGGAGCUGACAGCUAUAAAUGAUGAUAUUCUGCUUGCUAAAAAGGAUCUUGACAGAGCCAAUGAAGCAGAGGCUAAAAUUGAAAACAUUUCUGACCGUAACAGAGACCUCCAGAGACAGCUUGAAUCUAUUAGAAAACAAAAAGAAAAUAAGAUUAAACAGCUGAGAACCCUCAGUGUCCGCCGUGAGAAUGUGGGGAAGAAGCUUGCUUGGUUUGAUCGUUCAACGCCAGAAACAGCAGAAGAUGAAGAAGCUGAACACACAGUUGAUGAGGCAUUUAAUGUUGGUGCAAAACCAAAGAAGGAAACCGAACGAGAGCGUAUGAUUCGUACAGGAGAAAUGACACCCUUUGGAACGCUAGUGAAGGUUAACACACAGCAGUCAUCAUCUAAGCAAAUUCACCUUUCAGAUUUUGAAAAGCUGUUUGUAGCAAAGGAGUCCACUCAGAAAAAAGUUCAAAAAGAUUUCAGUAAAUAUUUAAAACAAAGGACUGCUAGGGCAUCCAAUGCAAAGAAAGCCAAACUUGAUGAUAGCCAUGAAGAGAGCUCCAGCAAGUCUUCAGUGAAACUCAGAAAGACAGAAAAGUUUGAUGAGAAGGAUAAACACAGCAGUGGACAAGAAGCAGGCCACAGUCUGCCCAAAAGAAAGCGAAAUGCAGGUUCCCAGAGUCAGCCUGAGCAAAACGAAAUGACUGAUGGUGAAGACUUUGAGAGGGAUGCGGAGGAGAUUGAGGAUGAGGAAGAUGAAUAUCAUCCUAGCAAAGAUGAAUUACAGGAUGAGUUUUCAGAUGAUGAGGAAUAUGCAGAUGAAGAUAAUAAUACACAUGGGAAAAAGAAAAGCACACGUAGAAGAGGCUCCCUAAAGAGAAAGAAACCCAGACCAUUACCGAAAUACAGAGGUAACAGUGAUGAGGACGAACCUUUGAGAACCAAAGUCAAAAGGGACAAGUCCAUCAGACAAGAAAAAGAUGAUGCUGAUGCUGAAUCGUACCAGAAGAGGCUUUUUAGGCAGCAGAAGCUAGAUCAGUUGGAAGAGGGACAAGAUGCUGACAGUGAUAAUGAUCCAGAGGCUGAGUUUGAUGGUGGGUUCCAGGUUCCCAGGAAACUGUGGAAAAAGUUAUUCAAUUACCAGAAAACUGGAGUCCGAUGGUUGUGGGAGUUGCACUGUCAGCAGGCUGGAGGAAUUGUGGGAGAUGAGAUGGGACUAGGUAAAACCAUCCAGACUAUUUCCUUUCUGGCUGCACUGAGAACCAGCAACGUGAGAAAUGUCAACUUUCCCUAUAAAGGUUUAGGCCCCACCAUCAUCAUAUGCCCGACUACAGUGAUGCAUCAAUGGCUGAAAGAGUUUCACAAAUGGUGGCCAGAUUUCCGGGUUGCCAUUCUUCACUCUUCUGGUUCAUUCACUGGUUCAGAGUCUGAUUUAGUGCGUUCUAUUGCAAAGAGUCAAGGCAUUCUCAUCACAUCCUAUAACACUUUGGUGAUACACCAAGAGCUGGUGCUGCGGUUCAACUGGCAUUAUGUCAUUCUUGAUGAAGGCCAUAAGAUACGAAAUCCUGAUGCCAAGGUGACAUUGUGUGCUAAGCAGUUCCGCACACCACACCGCAUCAUUUUGUCAGGCUCCCCAAUACAGAACAACCUGAAGGAAUUGUGGUCGCUCUUUGAUUUUGUGUUCCCUGGAAAGCUUGGCACAUUGCCAGAUUUUAUGCAGCAUUUUUCUAUUCCUAUUGUCCAAGGAGGCUAUUCCAAUGCUACACAGACACAGGUUGAGACAGCUUACAGAUGUGCUUGUGUCCUCCGAGAUACCAUCAAUCCAUAUCUCAUCAGACGGAUGAAAUCGGAUGUAAAGAAACAUUUAGAUCUUCCCAAUAAAAAUGAACAGGUGCUGUUCUGUCGGCUGACAAAUGAACAGAGGGAUGUCUAUCAAGAAUACCUGGACUCCAGGGAAUGCAAUGACAUCCUGCAGGGAAAGUUUCAGGUAUUUGCUGGUCUCAUCACCUUACGCAAGAUCUGCAAUCACCCGGACUUAUCCACAGGCGGCCCGCAGGUUUUCCAAGGGCAGGACAUGCCAGAUGAACCAGAGUGCCAAUUUGGCUACUACAAACGCAGUGGGAAAAUGAUUGUGGUUGAGGCUUUGCUUCGGCUCUGGCAUAAACAAAAGCACAGAGUGUUGCUGUUCACACAGAGCAAAGCAAUGCUGAACAUCCUAGAAAAACUUGCUCAAAAUAAGGGUUAUACAUACUUGGUAAUGGAUGGAGGAACACCCAUAUCAGCUCGGCAACCACUUAUUUCUCAGUACAACAAUGACCCAAGUAUCUACCUCUUCCUGUUGACUACUCGAGUUGGCGGCCUCGGCGUUAACCUGACUGGUGCCGACAGAGUUAUCAUCUAUGACCCCGACUGGAACCCUAGUACCGAUGUGCAAGCUCGUGAGCGGGCUUGGAGAAUUGGGCAGACUCGCCAGGUGACAAUUUACCGCUUGUUGACUUCAGGCACAAUUGAGGAGAAAAUAUAUCACAGGCAAAUUUUCAAACAGUUCUUGACCAACAGAGUUCUGAAGGAUCCCAAACAAAGAAGACUGUUUAAAUCUCAUGAUAUGUGGGAGUUGUUCUCCUUGGGAAGCCAGGACAAUGAGGAGGGGACUGAGACGAGUGCACUUUUUGCUGGAACAGGCUCUGAUGUCAGGAUUCCCAGAAAACUACGAAAAAACAGGUUUGAUGAACUGCAAGAAAAGAUUCGGAAGGAAAAGGAAGAAAAAGAGACUAAGGAAGAGGCAGAUGGUGCUAAGCAUCAGAAAAGAACAAGAGGUGGUCAACUAAUAAUGGAAGAAGAAGAGGCAGGGGUAGAUUUUGAUAGUGAAGAGCUGGAGAGAAUGAAAGAAUUUGCUAGACAACUCAGCAGAAAGAUAGAGGCAGAAAAAAAGCAACGUGAGCUGAAAGGCAACGAACACAUAGAGGAAUCAAAAACAGUUGAUAGACAGACAGUUCUGAAUAGUAAUGAUAAAAAAAUUGAAGAUGGAAUACAUCAAGACAUAGACAAAAUUGUAAUGGAAAGUAAUAAAACGUCAGCUUUUGAAUCAGGAAAUGUCAAUGAAGAUACCAAUAUUACAGCUCAAAAAGAAUUACAACAGGGUCAGAAAGAUAGUAUAAACACAGCUAAAGCACAUAAUUGGAAACAAAAUGGGAAGAAAUGGACAAUCCCAACAUUAAAGAAAGACAGAGCUCCUAUUCAUGGGGAUGAAUUGGAAAAAAAUAAAAUCAUAAAUGGGAAAGGAAAAAAAUUGUCUGCGCCAUUAUCAUCACAUGAGAGAUCUAUCAUUGCAAAGAAAUCUUUGGCGGGAAAGAAUCGUGAACCAGAGCUUAGUAAACACACCAAGAAGAGGAAACAUCAUGAUGCAAAGUUUGAAGGGGAGAGAAUUUCACACCUGGUGAAAAAUCGACCCUUGCCAACAAAUGCAGUUCCAGAAGAUGACCAACAACAGAACAGGCAGACAGGAAGUGAAGGCAGCCAUCAAGACGAUUAUGUUCUACGUCAGUUAUUUAAAAAGACAGGAAUCCAUGGUGCCAUGAAACAUGAUAAAAUCAUGGACAGUGGCCGGCCAGAUUAUGUCAUCGUGGAGGCUGAAGCAGAAAGGGUGGCUCGUGAGGCAGCAGCAGCCUUGAGGCGAUCCCGGCAGCAAUGUGCUUCUGCUCUAGCUGGUGUGCCGACAUGGACAGGCCAGCAUGGAGGAUUGGUAAAGCCACGCUUUGGUCAGAAGAAGAAUAGUCUUCUUGUUGAAAAGUCUGGCAAAUCAGAGGCAGCAAGUUCAUCUCAGUCCAGUUUAAAUGUGAAGGCAGCACAAAAAGAAACGGGAGAGAAACUUUUUGAUGGCAGCAUAUCCGGCAACGUAUCAUUGAACCCUAAAAAUAACUCUUUGACCUCCAGUGACCUUCUUAAUAAAAUUAGAGCUCGGAAACGACUGUCUGCAUUGGCAACUGACCCAGAAGAAGAUGAUGAGUUUCUUAGGCCAGACAGACCACAGACAGUUGAGCCAAAAGAUGAGGAACUCUUACAGGAUAUCAGAAAUUAUAUUGCUUUCAUGGCUACAAAUGAUGGUGAAGCCACUACUCAAGAAAUUGUUCUAAACUUUGGAAAGCGACUUCCAAAAUCAGAUGCCCCUAAAUUUAAAGCUAUGCUAAAUCAAGUGUGUGAAUUCCAUAAUGGUGUGUGGAGGUUAAAGUCUGAAUUCAGGUAA